AUGUCUAAUGAGGAAUUUAAACUAGAAAGCAUAUUGAAAGCAGAAUAUAUGGAAAUCUUGAAGAGAGAAGAACUAUAUCGAAGAGACAAAUCUAGAGAAAUAUGGAUUAUGGAAGGUGACUCUAAUACCAAAUCUCUCCAUGCCUUUGCCAAGGUUAGAAGAACUUUCAAUAAAAUUAUUUCCAUCAAAGAUGAGAAAGGCAUUUGGUGUUCUUCCAGGAAGGAAAUUGAGCAGGCUUCCCUGGAUCACUUUAUGAAGAUUUUGGGUGAUGACCCUCUAAGGACAGAUCACAUUUCAUUCAUCACUAAGAAUAUAGAAUCAUUGGUCUCCCCUAAAGAUAAUAAGAUGCUUAUGGCUCCUUUUUCUAUUGGAGAUAUAAAAGAGGCAACAUUUGCCUUGCAUCCACUCAGAGCUCCUGGUCCUAAUGGCUAUACGAUCGAAGUAUUUCAAUUCAGUCGGGAUUUCAUGGGCAAUGAUAUCUGGGCAGUAUUUGAACAAUUCAGAAAGAAAAAAAGGUUUGUGAGGGAAUUGAAUCAUACCAUGAUUGUACUUAUUCCAAAGAAGUAG